AUGUCGUCUGCCGUUGAAAAUGGCGCCAGCUCCGACUUGACCUUUAGAAAGUCUGCAGCACCGACUGGAGCUGUCGUUCCUCCAUCUCCCGAGGAACCUACGACUGUGUCCAAAAAGGAGCCGCCCCCUGAGAAGGCCUCCGAUACGCGACGACGCUCCUGGGUUGUGGCUUCGUUUUGGGCCAUCGUAAUCUUUCUCGGCCUGCCAAUAUGGUGGCAAACAACUAGCAUAUACCGGGCAAAUCUACCUGUGGAACAGAUGUUGGAGUGGUCUGAUGGCAAGGCUUGUCGACCUGUAUUCCCGCUCCGUAUCUCGAUUGACCCUGGCAGUCUACAAGAACAGGAAGCAGAGAACCUGUUGCGUCUCACACAACAUGCGCUCGACGACCUUAAUGACUUCUCAGCACAUCACUUGAGACUGCAAUUGGCUUCCAAGGAGGCCCAGCAAGAUUCUGAUGUCGCUCUCACCAUAAGACUCACGCCUGCAGAGUCAACACAUACAGCAACAUCCUCGCUUCACCCGCACUACCCGAUCCUCGAUGUAUCUUAUCCGCCGAACUCGAUUCCGACAGCCAACUCGCCGUCCUCGGGCUUAGCGACAUACCUGGCUACACAGCUACGGUCCACGUUUUCCGAGGAACAGAACAUCAUAUCGUACUUGCUCGAGACAUCGUCGGUACAUACGGAGCAGCAGCCCAAGGCCCUUUCUCAGGAAGUGGCAGACUCUCUGUCCAAGCGCAUGACGAGAUCGAUGAAGUACUCGAGGACGUAUCAUCUCACUUUCUCUUUGUUCACAAGUGGUCCUGCGCCAAGCAGCUGGGAGAUUGAGGCAGCAAUCGACGAAUAUAUGAAGCCAGUGCUUGAUAUGUUGGCUCCUAUACACAAUUUCACCAUUGACACCCAAGUUCAGCUAUAUGCUGCACCUGGCGUACAGUCUCAGGUACUUAGCAAAGAGGACUUGUCAUCCUUCAUUAAUGCAGCAGAGUGGCCACUGUCACCGUCCAUUGGUGGAGCGCCUACACUCAACUUUGUUGUAUACAUUGGAAACCAGACAAUAGGAACGGAAGCGUCGGAGACAUCACAGUCGUGGUUGAUUCCCCAAUGGGGCACGGUCUAUCUGCUUUCUCCCCCCUCGACCCCCCACGUGUCUACGGAGACUUUGAAGCAGCCGAUCUUGACCUUUACCUCGCACUUGCUUUCGCUCCUCGGUACCCCGCAAUCAAGUUCAUUACCCCUGCGUCUGUCAACUUUGAAUCGGGUCAGGUCAGCCGACCUAUUACUGCGCGCUUCGUCCUCUUUGGGGUCAUUAGCACGCUUGUCGCUCGCCCUGCCCAGCAUAUCCAUUCCAUCUCGGGUUGCAGAUGGUGUUGCCAAGUCCAUGCAUCACCUAGAGCUGGCUUGCGCGAGUCUUGGGAACCCAAAAGGCCUGGAGCACGCACGCAUUGCCGAGGCAGAGGCAGAACGCGCGUUCUUUGAGAAGAGCAUGGUUGGUCAGCUCUAUUUCCCAGAUGAACAUAAGGUUGCAGUCUACCUGCCGCUAUUGGGUCCAGUAGGCGUGCCCCUCGUCAUGGGUUUGCUAAAUGAGUUUAAGGCCUGGAGAAACAGGCGUAGGCAAAAAGCCAAGUCCAUGUAG